AUGGGAGCACUGGACAUGGAGAAGGUCAACUCCACGGACUUCAGAGAAGACUUUGUGGAAGUGUUUGGGAAUGGCAUUGAGAGAUGUCCUCAGUGCCCAUUCUCUGAUCUGGAAGACUUAGAGAAGCAUUUUUGUGCCUUCAUCGAUGCCCUUCCACAGUCAGGUCCUGGCCCCGGCCGAAUGAAGCAGAGAGUGAGGCGCGCAAGCGGCACAGGGGUGCCCGGCGCGCUCCGCCGUGCGCACAGCACGCCACCUCGCCCCCCCGCCCCCCAUCGCUCGCGCGAGGCCGGCGCGGAGACGCCCCGGCGUGUGUCUGUGCUUCUCCGCAGGCCGAGGGGGUCUCCUGCUCUCGGACCUGGCGGGCCGCAAGCUGCAGCGGGCACGCUCACGGCCGAGUCGUAGUGCAAGCAGAGCGCAGCGGGCGUGCAGAACCUGCGUGCCAAAGAGCGGCGCCGGCGGGCCGAGCUCAACGCGCAGUACCGCGCGCGCUUCGGCUUCGCCUGCGUGCCGGCCGCGCGCCUCCGCCACCCUUCGGCCGUGGAGGGCCAGCUGGAGCGCCGGCUUCACUGCCGCCUGGGCCAGAUGAAGACUCUCGGCCACCUGCGCCCCGCCGACCUGCUCGGCGCGGACCCCGCCAGGCUGUAG